AGACUAGUUAAAAGCCAGAGAGAGAGAGAGAGAGAGAGAGAGAGAGAGACUGGAAUGGAUAGGAGGGAGAGAGGAUACGCAACUCCUUGCUUCUGAAUCUCUCACGCUCCAGCACUCUUCAUCUUGAGAGUUCUUCAUUUUCAGGCUUGGAGCAAGCAAGUCUGGUUUAGUGGUGAAUGACCAAAGAGACCAAUAGUCUGAAUCUGAAGGCUGUUAAGCAAUUCACUAGCCCUGGCAGAAUGGCUCACACACGCACUGCUCCCCAGCCUUCAGCUCACCAGCUGCUCAGUGCACCACAUGAUCUACUGCCAUCAUCAUCAUGUGCUGCUUCCCAAUCCUCAAAGAUCCUUCCAUUUGACCUUCAGAAAUGCAGUCCUGACUCCACCAACGGAACCCCAGUCUCUCGCGUAUCUCAAGCUGGAUUACUAUCCAAGGAUCUGGUAUCGCCAUCCAGUUCUUCCACAUUCUGCACAAGUAUGUACUCGUCGUCGUCGACGAAUUCCAAGUCAUGCCGGCAAGCAGACGCUCUGCCUUUCCUGCCCCAUCCUCCUAAAAGUGAGCAUCAGCAAACAUCAGGUGGUCAGUCAUCCAGCUCUUCAUCGCUGCUCUUUGGUACUGACCUCAACAAUGGUGGUCAAAGUGAGGCUGAACCUGCAGCUGAUCUCAAGGAUUUUCUUAACCUUUCUGGAGAUGCUUCAGGAGGCAGUUUCCAUGGAGAAAGCAACGGCAUGGCUUUCAGAGAGCAGAUGGAGUUUCAGUUCUUGUCUGAACAGCUCGGAAUCGCCAUCACCGACAACGAAGAGAGCCCUCGAUUAGAUGAUAUAUAUGACAGACCGCCACAAACCUCUUCUUGUCCGGUGUUGUCUUGCUCUGACCAAGACGACCUCCAGAGGACAGGAUCUCCUGUUAAAGUUCAGCUGAGUUCAUCUCGAGCUGCAUCAUGUAACAAGCCAAGACUGAGAUGGACACUGGAGCUCCAUGAGCUUUUUGUAAAGUCUGUCAACAAGCUUGGAGGGCCAGAAAAGGCAACUCCUAAGGGUGUGUUGAAGCUUGUGAAGGUAGAAGGCUUGACCAUCUAUCAUGUGAAGAGCCAUUUGCAGAAAUACCGUUUUGCGAAGCAUCUUCCAGAGACAAAAGAAGACAUGAAGUUCUCUUCAGAAGACAAGAUAUCUAAAUCAGAAAUACCAGGAAACAAUGCUGGCAGAAAGAAGAGUUUACAACUAGCAGAAGCUCUUCGGAUGCAAAUGGAGGUUCAGAAACAACUUCAUGAACAAUUAGAGGUGCAAAGGCAGCUACAGGUACGCAUAGAAGAACAUGCAAAGUAUUUGCAGAAGAUAUUAGAACAACAGAAGGCAAGUAAUUCAUUACCAGCUAUGACAAGUUCAAUAGAAAGAGAGCUUUCUGAAUCUAAAGAGGAAAAGAAACCCAAGACGCAAGCGGACACUUUUUCAGCUCCAUUGCCAAAUUAAAAAAAAACAGAUACUGACAUGGAAUGACUCACAAGUCAUAAGUGAAUAACCAAAAAGAAAAAAGCAAAGCCUCAGGUUGAUCUUGAGAAGGAGCAACUAUGUUCAUAGCCGUUAUGAACAAUUGAAUAUGUUGACUCGCCUACUUUCAAAAAAAUAAUGUUGACUCGCCAAGCACUUUCCUUCUCUAACCUUGUAGAAUAUUAGCACUUCUGCCUAGAUGCUUCUCUCUUGUAUCAUAAUCCCUUAGUACUUGAAAGAGUUAACUGUAUAUGAUUAAUUUUCAGAUGGAAAUGAAACAAAAAAAAGGAGGCCCAUUGAUC